AUGAAGAGCGUAUACUCAACAUUGGGCUUUGCCCUCGGUGCCUCUGCUGCAUCUCUGGUUGCUCGCGACCAAUGCUGCUUCUCCUUGACUGCCGCUGGUGGUAAGAGCGGUGUCGUGGGUCAGCUUGGCGAUGGUCAGAACAGAAUCGGCCAGACCUCUGGACUUUCUACUGGACAGGCUACCUACUGCAUCAACAACGGUGGUUUGACUGAUGAGAAUGGAAGAGGAUGUAUGUUCACCCUUCCCUCCGACCUUUUCCAAUGCGAUGUUGGUGCCUCGCCUACCACUGGCUUCGCAGUCAGCUCCAGUGGUGACCUGACCUACAACGGCAACACCCAGUUCUAUGCCUGCGCUACUGGCGACAACGGUGGCUACAACAUCUACACCACCACCACUAGCGCUCAGACUGGAUGUGUUAAGAUCACUCUUAACACUGGUGGCAAGUGUGCUGGCUCCAACGGAUCUGGUAGCUCUUCUGCUCCCGCAUCAUCGAAGCCUGCUUCAUCUGCUCCUGCCUCUUCGAAGCCUGCUUCGUCUGCCCCUACCUCUUCGAAGCCUGCCUCGUCGGCUCCUGCGUCAUCUGCUCCUGCACCUUCGAAGCCUGCUUCCUCUGCCCCUGCUUCGUCGGCUCCUGCACCCUCAAAGCCAGCAUCUUCUGCUCCUCCUGCCUCGCAGCCUGCUUCGUCCGCUCCUCCUGCUCCUAUGACCGUCACCUCCUACUCGACUUCCUACGUCACUGUCACCAACUGUGCCGCUGGCUGUACACCUGUGCCUAGCGGACCUGCCUCUCAGCCCGCUGGUUCUAAGCCCGCUUCUUCCGGCCCUGCCCCCAGCGCUCCUGCUUCGCAGCCUGCUGGAUCCAAGCCUGCCUCUUCUGCCCCUGCACCUAGUGCUCCUGCAUCCUCUGCUCCUGCUCCUAAGCCCGCCUCAUCUGCACCUGCUGCCAGCGGUACUUCGGGCGGUAACGGAAACGGCAAUGGCAAUGGAAACGGCAACGCUUGCCAGACUUCCCUCACUGGCGCUUACCAGACCCCUCAUGCAAUCAUCCCCGUCAACAAGAACUCNCCCAGCACUUCCUACGGAACCCAGUACAACGCCUAUUUGAGCUCUAGCAACAGCACCGUCUUCAACUUCGAUAUUCCUUCCAGCUACGCUGGCAAGCAGUGCAGCGUUAUCUUCCUGUUCCCUACCAAGGCCCAGCUUGAGACUUCUGACUUCACCAUGUCUGGAUCUGGCGGUAUCAAGUUCGACCAGCUUACUUCCCCUGCUCCCUUGAGCGUCAGCUACGCUACCUGCCCUGCUGUGAAGAGCAACCUCGGCAUGGUCGACAACGUUACUCCUGGAAACAGCUACGUUGUCUCUACUGGUGCAUGCCAAGCUGGAUCUACCGUCUCCAUUCUCGCCAGCGCCACUGGCAGCCUCGGUCUUGAGGUAAGUUAUACUAAAUAUCUAUCAUAUUUUACACAUACUAACGAUAGAAACAGUGGNUUUGAGGACUGGAACCCAAGCCCUAUUGGCGUCUUCAUCACCUCUUGUUAA